UUGAAUUAGUUUCUACCAUGCGGUGACUCCUCAGGAAUCAUGGCCUCUUAUAGAUCACAUGGUGAUCAGGACGAUAGGACAGGUCCUGACGGCAUCUGGAGUCGUCAUGGCUACUUGGGCCAUUGUUGCUCUCAACUUCUAUGGAUAUGGUUUCGCCGAUUCCUUUGAUAUUCUGAUGGAGGAGCGGGUCACAUCUUUCCCAUUCAAUGUCUUUAACAAUCCCAUGUACCUGGGCUCAACUCUGGAGUAUGUAGGAGCUUCACUUGUGGCAGCUAGUCCGACUGGUAUGGUACUGUCUGCAUUGAUAGGUGCUAUGUAUCUCAUAGCUCUGCACUUUGAAGAGCCUUUCACAGCCAUGAUCUAUGCUGACAAAGCAAAUCAAAAUAUUCGCAAAGAGAACUAGGUCUUUCUCGUGGAGAAGGGUAAAUGAUUCAUCUUAGGAACCGGCGGUAUAAACGAUAGCAUCACCGUAAUUCUCAAGAUUUAAAGUGUACUGUGUUUUACCUUUCAACAAAAAAAUUGGAAAAAA